GUGAACGGGACGCAGCGGCGCUUUUCCCUUCUCGGUUUGGGGAGGAAGGACUCACUACAGCCGGUGCAGCAUGUGAAAGUCCAACACAGGCGACUUUCUCCUCUUUUCUUUUUGCACAUUUUGCAGCCAGUCUCUGAUCAUCAAGCAAUUCCACAGCACUGAUUUCUUCACUGAAAUGCCGUCAUGCCACGCGUGAAUGUCAGCUGGAUUAUUACGGUGCUCGCGGUGGAGCUCGCGACACUGUCCGCCGCGCACGCUCACAGCUGUCACGAGGUGAAAACGGCGUUUCAGGUGCGUCAGAUCGGCCAGCUCAAAUGGGUACCGGAAACACCUGCUACAGAUGUGGACCUGUCGAUAUGCAAGCACCCUGGGCCAUCAUGUUGUACGCGAAGAAUGGAAGAAAGCUACAGAGCGGCGGUCUUGAGAGACACCACCCAGAACAUCAGAUCAUACAGCUUUGAGCUGAAAUAUCUCAUUUCUGCACAUGCCGUCGCCUUCCAGGAUACGUUCCAGUCUCUAAUCACCUUCUCUCAGAAUCAUCUGACCUCUCUGUUCGAGACCACAUAUUCUUCCCUCAUGUCGUCCAUCUCCCCUCACAUCGUCUGCCUUUUCACGGACCUUUCCCGCUUCCUCCAGGGCACCGGCAAUGUCUCAGUUGAAACUGCCGUCCACUGUUUCUUCGACAGUCUAUUCCCGUUAGUCCACACUCAUAUCAUCAAUCCCGGCAUGGCUGGGAGCAUCGGCGAGAACUCUUCUGAAGGAAAACAGCUCGGCGACUGUCUCCGUAUGACGAGGCAGGACGUUAACCCCUUUGGGUCGCACCCAAAGGCAAUGGCAGACACACUUGCGAGCGCGUUGCGGGCAGGCCGGGUGCUCAGCCUGGCACUUGGUGUGGGGUUGGAAGCGAUGAACAUUACAGAGACGGCAGAGCUGUCCAGGGAAUGCACUCGCGCUCUGGUGCGCAUGCAUUACUGCUCUCAUUGCCGUGGCCUCACCCUGAUCCGUGCAUGUAGUGGCUACUGUCUCAACGUCAUGCGCGGGUGCCUGGCCAGCCUCUCGGAGCUCCACAACCCGUGGAGACAGUACGUCACCGUGCUGCAGGAUCUCACUCAUAUUGUCGCCGGAGCACACAACCUGGAGCUUGCUUUGCUGGGAAUCAGAGGUCAGGUUGAGGAGGCCAUACUCUACGCUCAGCUUCACGGGCCCAGGAUAACUGCUACGGUGGAUAAAGUAUGUGGUCACUCUUCAAAUGCGUCAUCAACCACAGUCAGGACUUUUCUUCCGACUUCGGUCACACCGCCACCUGCCAACAGCUCACAGGAAGUUCCAGGAGCCGAUAAGAUCGGCAUGUUGGCGCACCUUCACAGUUCACUCCCUCUGAAAUCCUCCAAGAGCGAUAGAGGUAGAACUCUGAAAAAGGUUGCACGGGAGUUUACGGGGUAUAUCUCACGGUAUAAGUCUUUCUUCUCCAUACUUCCGGAGACGUUGUGUGAGGGCGAGAUGGGGGUCGACGAGCUCACGUGUUGGAGUGGAGAUGACGUCGUCAAAAGUUAUACUGCAAGAGUGGUGGGCAAUGGAGUUCGUGCUCAAAGACAGAAUCCAGAAGUAAGGGUCAGAGGUGCUGACCCUGUGCUUAUGGAUGUCAAAAACAAGCUUGAGCUCUUCAACAUGGAGAUCCAAGAGAUCAUGCCGGGUGUAGGACACAGGGAAUCCUGGGAUGAGACGGGCAGUGGGGAGAGCAGUGGCGAGUGUGAUGAUGAAGACGGUUGUGAAGGUUCUGGAGAAUCCGUGGCAUCUCCCUCUCUCACAGAAGAUGAUGUAUCCAAAAAUGCAGUUCAGGUCUUCCCGCCACGACUCGCCCAGCACCAAGAACAAAUCUAAUUCGGAUGCUUUUCUUCCCAAAGCCAGCUUUACCAUCAUCAUCCUUGCUCUGGGGCUGCACUGGCCCUUCAUCUGAAAGGCCACAACUGCAAACACACAGACACAAUGCAAUCAUAUGCACACAUGGGUGAACAUCAUAAAUGACAGGGUGUUAUUUCCCCCAAAAUUCAAAAGAAAAGAGGAAUAUAUACAGUAUGUCAUAAUGAAAGAAAUUUGACUAAAUCAUUAAUUCACAUUUUUAACAGCAAUUACUCUAGUCUUGUGUCACAUGUUCAUUUUUAAAGGAUAAGUUCACUUCUAGAAUUAAAAUUCACCCCUUGUCUUUCUUUCUUCAGUCAAUAAGAAAAUGUUUCCUGAGGAAAACAUUUCAGGAUUUCUCUCCAUAUAAUGGACUUCAGUGGUGCCUGCGAGUUUAAACUUCCAAAAUGCAGCUUCAAAGGGCUCUAAACGAGCCCAUCCAAGGAAGAAGGGUCUUAUCUAGCGAAACGAUUGGUUAUUUUCUAAAAAAAAUACAAUUUAUUUACUUUUUAACCUCAAAUGCUUGCCUUGUCUAGCUUUACGUGAACUCUGUCUGUUUCGGUUUCGAAAAACUCCCAUCUCAUUUUCUCCUCCAUCUUCAAAAUCAUCCCGCAUCGCUGCAGAAGUACCGACCCAGGGUUUACAAAGUGAACGUACAUAGAAGAUCAAACGGCCUUUACAAAAAGGUAAAACAGCGAUGUAGGACGAUUUUGUUGGAGAAGGAAAUGGGAUGGGACUUUUUCAACAUACCUUAACUGUCUUGAACCAGAAUGCAUGGCACACGCAGAGUUAGAUAAGACAAGUAUUUGAGGUUAAAAGUAUAUAAAUUGUCCCUUUUUUUUUUUUUAGAAAAUAACUGAUCAUUUCAUUACAUAAGACCCUUCUUCCUUAGCUGGGAUUGUUUAGAGCCCUUUGAAGCUGCAUUUUGUAAGUUCAAACUUGUGGGCACCAUGGAAGUCUACUAUAAUGUUUUCCUCAAAAAACAAUUUCUUUAAGACACUUUUAAGAAAGAAAGACAUGAACAUCUUGGAUGACAAGGGGGUGAGUACAUUAUAUGUACAUUUUUGUUCUGGAAAUGAACUUAAAGCAUUCUAAUAUGCUGAAUAAUUAUCAGUGUUGAAAACAAAACAAAAUAGAAAUAUUCUGUAACAUUUUACACUACCAUUCAAACGUUUGGGGUCAGCACUUUUUUUUAAUUGAAAGAGAUUAAUACGUUUAUUCAGCAAGGAUAUGUUAAAUUAAUAAAAAGUGUAGUAAAGACAUAAUAAAUGAUUAAUAAAUGCUGAAAAUGUUUUUUUUUAUAAUCAGAGUUUCACAGGUUGCAAAAAAAUAUUCAACAGCACAAAUGUUUCCAGCAUUGAUCAUAAAUCCGCAUAUUAGAAUGAUUUCUGAAGGCUCAUGUGAUACUGAAGACUGAAGUAACGGCUGAUGAAAAUUCAGCUUUGCAUCACCAAAAUAAAUUAUAUUUUAAUGUAUAUGAAAAAUAGAAAACCGUUAUUGUAAACUGUAAUAUUAUUUCACACUAUUACUGUUUUUUCUGUAUUUUUAAUCCAUUAAAUGCAGCCUUGAUGAGCAUUUAAAAGCAUUAAAAAAAUUUGCAUUGCAGUAGGCUUCUAGGAAUUGUUGGAGGACAUUGUUUAAAGGAUUAUUUUACUUCCAGAAUUAAAAAAAUCCUCAUAAUUUACUCACUUCCAUGUUAUCCAAGAUGUUCAUGUCUUUCUUUCUUCAGUCGAAAAGAAAUUAAUUUUCUAGGAUUUUUCUCCAUAUAUAGCGGACUUCAGUGUGAGCCAACAGGUUGAAGGUCCAAACUGCAGUUCAAAUGCGGCUUUAAAGGGCUCUACGUGAUCCCAGCCGAAGAAUAAGAGUCUUAUCUAAUGAAACAAUCAAUCAUUUUCUUAAAACAAUAAAAAUUGAUAUGCUUUUUAACCACAAAUGUUCAUCUUGCACUAGCUCAUGCACAUCCAUGACUUCACGCAUUACAUGAUCACUUUGGAAAGGUCACGUGUGGUUAGUUCUCUGUCUAUUUUGGGUCAGAAAUAAGGGGAAGGGCAAAAACUCCAUCUAAUUUUCUCUUCCAACUUCAAAAUUGUCCAACAUCGUCAUUUUACCUUUUUUGUAAAGGCCUGUUUGACUUUCUUUGCAUGUUCACUUUGUAAGCACUGGGUCGGUACUUCGUCAUGUCACUACGUAAUUUGUGAAGUUGAGCUAGUGCAAGAUAAGCAUUUGUGGUUAAAAAGUUUUUUUUUUUUUAGAAAAUGACCAAUCGUUUUGCUGGAUAAGAAACUUAUUCCUCAGAUGGGAUCGUGUAGAGCCUUUUAAGCUGCAUUGAAGUUGCAAUUUGGACCUUCAACCCAUUGGGCACCAUUGAAGUCCACUAUAUGGAGAAAAAUCCUGGAAUGUUUUCCUUAAAAACCUUCUUUCUUUUCGACUGAACGAAGAAAGACAUCAACAUCUUGGAUGACAUGGGGGGGUGAGUAAAUCAUCAGGAAAUUUUUGUUCUGGAAGUGAACUGGUUCUUUAAAUUUUUGGUUAUAGUAUAUAUUAAGCAUUAUGGUCUUAAUACUAAACACAGUUUCUUAUUUAUUUCUCUUGAUUUUGGGGUCAAGUAUGACCCAGUCAUUUCCUGACUGUUCAUGAGAGUUCGCCCACACUGUAUCCCUAAAUAAUCACAUUGUAAGGUUGUCUCAUUAUGUUCCCAGCCUCAUUUUUAUGGAAGACUCCGACUUGGAGACUAGCUGUGCUCUCUGGGGUUUAAGUGUUAACACUCUCCACAGACUUCUUGUAUCAGGACAGGACUGUUAUCAUCACUGACUGGGACUGUGGAAUGCAUGACAAAAUAUGUGCAUCUGUGGAAACAUCACUCAUGACCACACAACAAAAAAGAAAACAUAAACUGUCUGCAUUGUCAGCAAGGGAUUUUACCACCACACACACAAACACACACACACACACACACACACACACACACACACACAGAGCAUUAAUGAAUGAGACUAUGAAUGAUAUGCACAUUGUACUAUGUAUAUAGUUUGAACUGGCGCUGAAUUUAUAGGAUAACGAAUGUUUAAGUAUCACACAAAUUUUUUUUUUUUUUUUAAUAAAUAUUUCAUCAGCUCUAACUGAAACCCACACAAACACAUAGUUAUAAUGAUAUAAAUCUUACCAAGUACUAGCAGUGUUCUUGGGCUUUGCUGUUACCUGUUUGCACGACUUUCAUGGCUUUAAAGGGCUCAAAACAUCCCUGUAAUACUUACGUUUUAUUUUAAUUCCCGCAUUUACCUUCCAAGUGCACUGCUUUUCUAAGAAAACAUAGUUUAAUAAACAUAUUUGAUAUAUACUCUGUCACUGAGUAUACCAAGUCAGUUUCAUGAGGUUAAAUUUUACAAUUUACAUAUUUAAAAAUUGCACUAAACUUACUUUAUUAAAGUAAAAAAAAAAAAAAAACAAUAAUUAAAAAAAAGAAAAGAAAAAAAAAGAAACCCUUUUUUGGUCCCCAAAAGUGUGGUACAGGUUUGCGUGAAUGUUGUCAUGUUUAAUGAAAAAAAAAAGAUUAAAAAAAAAAAACACACACAAAUAUGCAGAAUGCCUUUCUUUUAUAAAUAAUGAACUUAAAGCAAAGCAAUGCAAGAUGUUUAGAGAUACCAAAUAUUUUCUAUAAUAGCUUCUUUAGCAAUCUGUUCAUAGCAACAUAAAAAAGCAUUUUUAUUUACUAUUUUAUGUUAACAUUUAAGAAUCAGUAUUAAAACAUUGCUAUAGUUCUUACACAGAAGCAAAGGUCUAAUGUGUCUGUAAACAUUUUUAAUGUUUAUGCAUUUUUGUUUGUUGUUGUUGUUGUUGUUGCUGUGUCUGAUUGCACAUGGAUUUCCUUCAUAUAUUUCUGUUGUUGGUUCCUAAAACAUUUUUAUAUGAAUGUUAAUGAAUCUUCAUACAUUCUUAAACAUUUGCAAGCCAACCAUUUAUCCACAAAUAACACUGAUACACCCAGGGUGCGAAUUACAGAGGUUUAAACCCCACAAAUUAGAGACAAAUUUCAGUUGUAUAAUAGCACAUUUCACAAAUGCAUGUCAGAAAGUUUAUAAUUUCCUUUAAACAGCUUUUAAGAUGGUAAUCCUUUGUCUGAUAUGCUCAGCAAAAAAAUAUUGGGGUUGCAUGAUGAGCUUAGGAAGAAUAGUUUAUCCAAGAAAAUGUAAAAAUCCUGUCAUUAUUUAAUCACCUUCACCCUCAGGAUAUUGUUAAAUAUGCCAUCUUUUUAACAAAGUUCAUGGUUUUAUGCAAAACAAAGACAGUCAUACAAGUAUGGAAUGACAUGAGGGUGAAUAAAUGAUGACAGAGUUUUCAUUUUUGUGUGAAUUGUUUCUUUAAUAUUGCACUCUAAAAUGUAUCUAUAGUGAUUCCUUUAUAUUUAAAACAAUGUUGUUGAAGGUCAUUGUGUAGUUCGUACCCUGAAUAGAGUUAUGCAAACACAAAACUAAUACAAACUGUCAUUUCUAUGUAUGACUGUAAAAUGGAUUGCGAUUACAGUUUGUUUGCUGUGUUUUAUUUGUUUAUUCAUGGUUUGGUUGGUACAAUUGAACAUGUCUGGCUCAGCGAAUGAAGCUACUGAAAAACUAUCAGAUAUACACAGCUCUUAUAAAAAAAAGUUGGUUAAACGGCUAAUAAAGUGAUUCUCUGCUCAA